AUGCGCACGUUUUGGUCGCAGGUGCAAAAGGAAGUGAAGAAGCGACCCAAGCGGCUGGCGUUCGCCGUGGGCCUCCUGCUGGCGAUCCCGCUGGGCGGGUACGGGUACUGGCAGUACUACCAGGACAUCGUGCCCCACAGCGGUCGUAGGCGAAUGAUGGACGUGUCGCGGGAGGAGGAGCAAAGAAUGGGUCUCGCCUCAUUCCACCUCCUCAAACAACAGUACAAAGACCAAAUCCUCCCCGAGAACCACGAAUUGGUUCUCGCAGUCAAGAGGAUUGGACGCAGGAUCAUAGAGCAAACCGAUCUCCAGGGCCUGCACUGGGAGUUCUUGGUCAUUCAGUCGGACGAGAUGAACGCGUUCGUGCUGCCCGGCGGCAAGGUGUGCGUUUUCACAGGGAUACUGAGCGUCACGCAAGACGAAUACGGCCUCGCCACCGUCCUUGGCCACGAGGUCGGGCACGUCGUCGCCCGACAUGGCGCCGAGAAAUGGAGUAAGAUGCGCUGGGAACGAGCACUGGGCUGGCUCACCGCCAUCUUGAUCGCGCGGGAGGAGCCCGGCUGGUUGAUCAACCAGUUCUUGACGUUGUUCCUUGCACUCCCGUUCUCUCGCAAGUUCGAGCACGAAGCCGACUUCAUCGGGUUGAUGCUGAUGGCCGAAGCGGGCUACGACCCCACGAACGCCGUCGAUCUAUGGAUCCGAUUCUCUGCAGCCUCGCCCUCAAUGUUGAAGUACCUGUCCACGCACCCACCAAACGCCGACAGAAUCGUACUCUUGAAGCGCUGGAUGCCACAAGCGCUCGACCAGUACCACAAGCACACCCGCCCACAGGCCACCGCCGUCAUUGUCUAG